AUGUAUUCGUCAUGCCUGUACUACGUUCCAUGGAUAUCCACAUUCUGUGUUUGCAUAGGUGUUGCAAGUCUGGGAGUAUGGGCUUACUUCACACGGCGCUGCAGAAGCUUGACUAUAGACGCGUUGGACGACCUUGGCAUUACCGCUAAGAACAUUUCCCGCAUCAACAGCGCGUUAAUCGCUACAGCUAUCGCAUACCUUGUCCUUGCCAUAUUAAUCUUCUUUAUGAGUUUAUGGAGGUCCUUCAUUGAGGCUUCGCAUGAUGCCCUAGGUCACAUCGCGCGGGGCGCCAAAGCCUUCCUCAUCCUCAACUUUCUGACUUCCACUGGCUGGCUGGCGGUGAUGCUCUGGCUGGUGCUCCUCAUCAUGGGCAACACCCUAUGGGGCGUUUGUCUGUAUGUGAUUAUCGGGGCCAUCAAUCAAGCCAAGAAGGACAUGGUCACGUACGGCACUGCCACGUGGCUGCCCUCUCGUAAUCAGCCAUGUCCCGGGCAGUGCCUAAACCUCACCCCCUUCACCUUCGUCACGGCACAACUAAAGGACGCUUGCAUCUGCGACACCGACAAGUUGGACGCGGCGCAGAACGCAUUCCAACAGGCGUACGACAUCUUCCCGGCCGUCGCGGUGGGGAAUUUCAUCAUGCUGUUGGCGGGGUUGUGGCUACUUGUGAACUUCGCGUGUCAGUUUUCUCACGCCAAACGGGAGCGGGAGCUGCUGUCCCGAAUCGAAUCGAAAAUGUACAGCGAGCUGGGGUAG